CUUGACCACCAUCACAUAUUCUUCGGUGCCCCCCUCUCCCUCAAUUUCUGUAAUAUCGGAGGUCCGAAAAUCCCCACAAAUAACAUGUUCUCAAGUCCAACUCCCGCACCUGGAACUCUCGCGUCGAAUACGCUCCGAAAAGCAGGACUUAUCGACAGAGACGCCACGAUGCGGGAUGUUACAGACAAACCAGGAGGUCGAAAGGGUUCCUCCAAGAUUCGCUCGCACAGAACGCGUGCCAUAGAAGCACAUUUGGGUCCUUCACGAACGUCUUCUUUGGCUACGCGCAUGGCACCAUCAUCAUCAUCAUCAUCAUUGCCCUUGACACCAGCAGCUUUGUCCAUCCGUGGCGCAUCGUUGAGGAGGACCGGCGAUCGGCGCCGUGGUGCUGCUGCUGCAGGUCCGGGGCUGGUGUCCAGUAGUCGAAGGAGCGCAAUAGAACCGUGGAAAGAGUUCGUUACGAAACGUUACAAUCCCGCUUUACAAUUGCUCGACCUUUCAAACAUGAUCGAAGACGAAGUUGUCAAGAGACACAACUUGACACCCCCAGGUCACGGCGGGUCCGCUAAAGAGGCGGGCGUCAUCUUCAAGCUCGCAAAACAGCUCCAGCCCCCGGUAAUGAAACUUGAUCUCAGUCGCAAUCGUCUUUCCGGCAUACACCUCAGCCUUCUCUCUCAUUAUCUGGGAGGGCUCGAGGCACUGUCACUGCAGAACAACAGCAUCAGAACAUACAAGGACCUUGACGUCAUCGUCGGCAGAGCUGGAAAAGAGCAAAUGCUACGGCUGCAAGAGCUCAUGCUGUCUGGCAAUCCAUUACAAGUGAGCGAGUAUGAGAAAGGUCGCGCAGAGUUGUAUAAGAGCGAGGUUACCCGACGCUUCCCUGCGAUUACAUUACUCGACCAAGAGCCCAUUGUUCGAAUAGCAUUCGACAUUCCUCAAGCGUCAUCGUCCUCGACUCCUGUUCCUAAGCCAUCCGCCACUUCUUUCCCCUUCGACAUGGGUCCUUCCAUGAUUAAUGGGGCAAGUCCAGAUCUCGUGAACUCUUUCCUCUUCCGUUACCUCGACACCUUCGACAAGAAUCGCGCGUCGCUGUUGGACGUCUAUGAUCCAGCCUGCACUUUUUCCUAUUGUGUCAACACUGUCAUACCAGAGCGUGCUCGACUUCAAGGUCUUCACAGUAAACUACCCAAUCAAAAGAAACUUGAUUGGAGUAAGUGGUUGGAUGUUAAAGAUGGUGGUUCUAGAAAUCUGUCCAGAAUGCGGUCGUGGGCGGAUAAGCAGGACACAAGACUCAAUGUUGGGGCCGAGGCGACAAUCAAGGCACUGCUGUCACUCCCAGAAACACAUCACGACAUAGCAGGCCCAGGAGAGAACUUUUGUGUGGACGGGAUCAUCGUACCUCACGGAACCGAUGUUGCCUUGAUGGUCAUGAUUCACGGACAGUUCGCAGAAAUGCCAGCAGAAGGAUUGAGGUCUUUCGAUAGAACUUUCAUACUAUCGCCGGCUGCGGCGAGGUCCAGGGCGCAGAUGAACGGUUGGGAUGUUGUUAUAGUGUCAGAUCAGUGGACAAUACGUGGCUACUCAAGUCCAGAAGCAUGGAAGCCAGGUCCCAUGCUCGUACAAGCUCAGAAACGAAUGCCGAAGAAGGCGCAGGAUCUGUCAGGACCUGCCGAAUCGACCCCACAACAGCAACCUAGUCAGGAACAGCUUCUGCAGCAGAUUGAGGAGCCCGCACGAUCUGUUGUCCUCCAAAUCUGCCAGCGAACCGGAAUGACUGUGCCGUUUGGAUACGACUGCCUGUCAAGAAACAAUUGGAAUUUGGAGGCUGCUAUUGCGAAUUUUGAAGCUGUGAAGGGAACAUUAGGCAGGGAAGCAUUUGUCUAAACUGAGUCUGCCAACAAGCGCUCCGGGAUGUUCAUCAACCUCACAUGAGAUCCUCGGCCUCCGUAAUUUCCCUUCAUUGUGUUCUAUCUGUCGCGUUUUCACCGUGCUUUCUCGUUUUCAUCUACUCUUAAACAAUCACAAUUAUAUAUCACGAUCCUGCACAUCCUCUAUGAACCGUCAUUGUAUAUUUACAACCGCAUCUCAUCACUAUACGUAUGAAUAUUUGAAUAUCUGGUACUAAACUUCCGAUGGAAGGAAUUUCUCUGUUGAAUGAAUUGCUUGCUGCAUG